GGAGACGCCAGGCUGCGAUGGGGAGGCGGGCGCGGCGGCCUGUCUGGACCCAUCCGUAGUGCCGGGAUGACUCAGUCGGGCUUUCUGAUCCUGGCGCAGAGCCUGCCCCUGCCCCAGCCCCGGGGGCACCGUGGGGAGAGGCUGCUUGCUGGGGGGGGCCAGCGCUUGGGAGCGGGGGCUGCGCUGCCAGUGCUGGGGCAGGCACCAGCACCCACCUUCGGCCUAGUCCGGCCUGGGUGUGUCCAGGGCAGGCGGGCUGCCCACGGGUGGCGGUGGCUCGAGGGGGGGUGCACACCCGUGACGCCCUCCCCCGCGCUGGGAGGAGAAGGCAGUUAGCAGCAUCAGGCCUGGAGAGACCGAAGCGAAGCUCGUCUGUCUCCCCGGGACCAGAGCCGCCCGUGUGCCCGGCCGGGCUGGGGUUGGAGCCGGAGUGACCCGAGACGCGGAGCGAAGCCCUUGCUGCUGCUCUGCCCUCACCUCCUCGUCCUGGGGCCCGCUGGGAAACUGCACCGAAGAUCACCGAAGGAUAAGCAAGUGAAAAGAGAGGAGUUCCUGGGGCGGUUCCAGCCCGGACCAGAGUCCCUGAAAGAUGGAGCAGAAAGAGGAAGAAACGCGGGAGAUCCUGCUCCCCAACUGGCAAGGCAGCGGCUCCCACGGCAUCACCCUCGACCAGACGGACGAGGGUGUCUUCGUGAAGCAGGUGGUGCAGAACUCCCCCGCGGCCAAGACCGGCGCCGUGAAGGAGGGAGAUCAGAUUGUGAGCGCCACAGUCUACUUCGACAACCUGCAGUCUGGGGAGGUCUCGCAGCUCCUGAAAACCAUGGGCCACCACACCGUGGGGCUGCGGCUACAGCGGAAGGGGGACAGGUCCCCGCUGCCGGGACAGUCCUGGUCACACGAUGUCUUCACGCACAGCGGUCCAGAGGUGGUUCUGAGUGGAGACGACGAGGAAUACCAACGGAUUUACACCACGAAAAUCAAGCCACGGCUGAAGUCGGAGGAUGCAGCAGAGGCUGAGAAGGCCGGGACGCAAAGCAGGACCAUCACCGUCACCAAGAAGGUCACAGCGUACACUGUGGAUGUCACGGGGCCCGAAGGAGCCAAGGACAUCGAUGUCACAAGCCCGGAGUUUAAAAUCAAGAUGCCGAGGCAUGAAUUCACCCACGUCACGAGAACUACAGAGUAUGAAACGGAGGUGGGGAGGCCCACGGUCAAAAUCCCAGCUGUGGACUUGCAUGGGAGGACGGUCCAAGCCACAGACCUCAGCGCGGGCGUCCGAAGGGGCGCUCCUGGCAUCUCCUGCUCCAGGCCAACGGUGGAGGUAUCUGCCGGGAAGCUGGAUGUGGGUGCCCCCGGCAGCCAUGUGGGAAGACCUGACAUCAGCGUAUCAGGACCCCACGUCACAGGCGCGCAGCUGAGAACUCACACGGGCUUUCACGCCCCAGACAGCCACGUUCCAGGGACGGAAGCAGGAAAAUCAGUGACGGUGGAAGUCCCCGGGUUUCAUGUCUCUGGCGCCAGGUUCCCGGCCUCUGAGGUCCGCUCCCCUGGGAUGGAUGGGACAGACCCCGCGGGACCCCUAGAUGCAGGGUUUCACGUGAGGGGCGGUCAAACAGGAGUUUCUGGCAUUGAUAUUAAAGCACAAGUCCCGGGAGCCAAAUUCCCACAGGUUGAUGUCUCUGGUCCCAAGGCUGAUCUAUCGUUUCCCAAAACGAAGGGCUUUGGAGUUGAUAUUUCUGGCCCUCAGAUCCGGGGGGAUCUUGAACCUCCUCGGGUGGACGUUUCUGUUCCAGGAAUCAAAGGUGCUGGGCAAGACCUCACGGGCCCAAGUAUUAAUGUUGAGAGCACUGGAAAAAUAAACAUGCCUGCCAUGAAGAUGCCCAAAUUUGGAUUUGCGGUUUCAGGCCCUGGUCUUGACGUCCAAAUGCCACAGGCCGGGGCUGAUCUGUCUGCGCCAAAGAUACAGGCUCCUCAGGUCGAUAUUGCACCUUCCUCUGUUCACAUUGAAGGUCCCAAAUUGACGAGGCCUUCGGUGGAAGGGCCUAAAAUAUCAGGGCCACAGGUGGACGUGGAUCUAAAAGGCCCUGGGCUAAGAGGAACUGUGCAGGUUCCCUCUCCAACACUAGGAGGUCCCAGUGUUGAUAUCAGAGGCCCCGAGGGCGACCUUGCUGCUGUUCCAGGGGCUGAAGGAAAAAUAAAAAUGCCCCAAAUGAAAUUCCCUAAAUUCAGUGCAUCGGGCCCGACUGUGGAUGUGGCUCUUCCCAAAGGAGGGGUGGCAGUGACAGGACCCAAGGGAGAUAUUGGCACCCCUGGUCUGCACCUGGAAGGAGAAUGGAAAGGUCCUAAACUAACGAAGCCUGAAUUCCUUGCUCAGACACCGCAGAUCUCCAUGUCUGAUGUGAACUUGAAUCUGAAAGGCCCCAGUCUGCAGGGACGGAAGACAGAUAUUUCUGGGGGUCUGAAAGGACCUGCUAUGGGCAUCAAAGGCCCAAAGUUAGACCUUGAAGCUCCUGCCGUCAGCAUCCAGCGUCCAGAAGGUCAACUCAAAGGGCCUGAUGUGUCCCUGCCAGAUGUGAAUGUGAACCUGAAGGGGCCCAAGGUGAAGGGAGAUAUGGGUGUUUCCGUCCCCGGGAUAACAGGUGACUUCAAAGGGCCUCAGGUUGACAUCCAAGGUCCCAAAGUGGGAAUAGACGCUCCUGCCAUAGAUAUCAAAGGGCCGGAAGGACACCUGAAAGGCCCCAAAUUUAAGGUGCCUGAAAUGCAUGCCAAGACCCCCCAUAUAUCAAUCCCUGACAUUGACUUGAACCUGAAAGGCCCUAAACUGAAGGGGGAUGUGGAUGUUUCUGUUCCAAAGAUAAAGGGUGACCUGAAAGCCCCUAGCAUUGAUGUCAAAGGUCCAAAGGUUGACAUUGAUGUCCCAGAUGUGGACAUUCAUGGCCCAGAGGGCAGAUUGAAGAUGCCCAAAAUGAAGAUGCCUAAGUUUGGGGUGCCAGGCCUGAAAGGAGAGGGCCCUGAUGUGGACAUAACACUGCCAAAAGGGGAGGUGGAGAUUUCUGGUCCAAAGGUCGACAUUGCUGCUCCCAGCUUGGACAUCAAAGGCCCAGAAGGAAAACUGAAAGGCCCCAAGUUUAAGAUGCCUGAGCUAAAUAUCCAGGCCCCCAAAAUCUCCAUGCCAGAUGCAGACCUUAGUUUGAAGGCACCUAAACUGAAGGGAAAUGUGGAUACUUCUGGUCUGAAGAUGGAAGGUGAUUUCAGAGGGCCCCAAGUGGAUGUGGAUGUUCCUGAUGUGGAUUUGGAGUGUCCAGAAGGCAAAGUAAAGGGCCCUAAAUUUAAAAUGCCCAAACUAAAUAUUAAGGCCCCUAAGAUCUCUAUGCCAGAUGUGGACUUGAAUCUGAAAGGACCUAAAGCAAGAGGAGGGAUGGAUGUUACUGUCCCAAAGAUAGAAGGUGAUUUGAAAGGACCUGAAAUUGAUAUCAAGGGUCCAAAACUGGAUGUGGAAGCACCUGACAUGGACCUGGAGUGCCCUGAAGGAAAACUGAGAGGUCCGAAAUUUAAGAUGCCUGAAAUGCAUAUCAAAGCCCCCAAAAUCUCCAUGCCAGAUGUCGACCUGAAUCUGAAAGCCCCAAAAUUAAAAGGUGAGGUUGAUAUCUCUGCUCCUAAACUGGAAGGAGAUUUGAAAGGGCCUGAUAUUGACAUCAGGGGCCCCAAAGUAGACAUUGAUGCCCCAGAAAUGGAUAUUCAUGGCCCAGAAGGUAAAUUCAAAAUGCCCAAAUUCAAAAUGCCCAAAAUUGGGAUGCCUGGUUUCAAAGGAGAGGGACCUGAUGUGGAUGUGAAGCUUCCAAAAGGGGAGGUGGACGUCUCUGGUCCCAAGAUAGACAUUGGUGCCCCAGAGUUGGACAUUGAAGGCCCAGAAGGAAAACUGCGAGGCCCCAAAUUUAAGAUGCCCGAGAUGCACAUCAAGGCUCCAAAAAUCUCUAUGCCAGACGUUGACUUAAACCUGAAAGGGCCCAAGCUGAAGGGGGACGUGGACGUUUCUGUCCCAAAAAUAGAAGGUGACCUGAAGGGUCCCAGCAUGGAGCUUCAGGGCCCCAAAGUGGACAUUGACGCGCCAGAUGUGGACAUUCGUGGACCAGAGGGUAAAUUCAAAAUGCCUAAGUUCAAAAUGCCCAAGUUUGGGAUGCCUGGGUUCAAAGGGGAGGGGCCAGAUGUGGAUGUAAGUCUUCCUAAAGGGGAGGUGGAUAUUUCUGGGCCCAAGGUAGAGGUUGAUGCCCCAGAUGUGAACAUCGAAGGUCCAGAGGGAAAAGUAAAAGGCCCCAAAUUUAAGAUGCCUGACAUGCAUUUCAGCGUUCCUAAAAUCUCUAUGCCAGAUAUAGACUUGAAGGGACCUAAAGUGAAGGGGGACAUGGAUGUUUCUGUCCCCAAAAUAGAAGGCGACUUGAAAGGACCUGAUGUUGACAUUAAGGGUCCAAAAUUGGACGUGGAUGCUCCAGACCUUGAGAUUGAAGGUCCUGAAGGGAAAUGGAAAGGACCCAAAUUCAAGAUGCCUGAAAUGCAUAUUAAGGCACCUAAAAUGUCUAUGCCUGAUGUAGACUUUAAUUUGAAAGGCCCCAAAAUGAAGGGGGAUGUGGAUGUUUCAGCUCCAAAGAUACACGGGGAUUUGAAAGGCCCCAAGGUGGACAUAGAGUGCCCUGAUGUCGACAUUGAGGGUCCUGAGGGAAAACUGAAAGGUCCCAAAUUUAAGAUGCCUGAAAUGCAUUUCAAGGCCCCCAAAAUCUCCAUGCCUGAUGUUGAUUUGAAUUUGAAAGGUCCUAAAUGGAAAGGGGGUGUGGAUGUUUCCGCUCCCAAGUUAGAAGGGGAUUUGAAAGCACCAGAUAUAGACAUCAAGGGCCCCAAAGUAGAUGUUGAUAUCCCUGAUGUCGACAUUGAGGGUCCAGAGGGAAAAAUUAAAGGCCCCAAAUUCAAGAUGCCUGAAAUGCAUUUCAAAGCCCCUAAAAUCUCAAUGCCUGACUUUGACCUGAACCUGAAAGGGCCUAAAGUGAAGGGGGAUGUGGAUGUUUCUGUGCCCAAAGUGAAGGGAGAUCUGAAAGGGCCAGAGGUGGAUAUCAAAGGCCCCAAACUGGACAUUGAUGCCCCUGAUGUGGACCUGGAAGGCCCAGAAGGAAAGCUGAGGGGCCCCAAAUUCAAGAUACCUGAGAUGCAUUUCAAGGCCCCCAAAAUCUCCAUGCCCGAUGUCGAUUUGAAUUUGAGAGGUCCAAAAGUGAAGGGGGGUGUGGAUGUUUCUGCUCCCAAACUGGAAGGUGAUCUGAAGGGUCCUGAUGUCGAUAUCAGAGGCCCCAAAGUGGACAUAGGGGUCCCAGACGUGGACAUUGAAGGCCCAGAGGGGAAACUGAAAGGCCCCAAAUUCAAGAUGCCCGAGAUGCAUUUCAAAGCCCCCAAAAUCUCGAUGCCUGACUUUGACCUGAACCUGAAAGGGCCUAAAGUGAAGGGGGACGUGGAUGUUUCUGUGCCCAAAGUGGAGGGAGACCUGAAGGGGCCGGAGGUGGAUAUCAAGGGCCCCAAACUGGACAUUGAUGUCCCUGAUGUGAACUUGGAAGGCCCAGAAGGAAAGCUGAGGGGCCCCAAAUUCAAGAUGCCUGAGAUGCAUUUCAAGGCCCCCAAAAUCUCCAUGCCCGAUGUUGACUUGAAUUUGAGAGGUCCAAAACUGAAGGGGGAUGUGGAUGUUUCUGCUCCAAAGCUGGAGGGUGACUUGAAGGGUCCUGAGAUUGACAUCAGAGGCCCCAAAGUGGACAUUGAUGCCCCAGACGUGGAUAUUCAUGGUCCAGAGGGGAAAUUCAAGAUGCCCAAGUUUAAGAUGCCCAAAUUUGGGAUGCCUGGGUUCAAAGGGGAGGGGCCAGAUGUGGAUGUAAGCCUCCCGAAAGGGGAGGUGGAUAUUUCUGGUCCCAAAGUAGAUAUUGGGGGUCCCGAUUUGGAUAUUGAAGGCCCGGAGGGAAAGCUCCGAGGUCCCAAAUUUAAGAUGCCUGAGAUGCACAUCAAGGCCCCCAAAAUCUCCAUGCCUGAUAUUGAUUUGAAUUUGAAAGGUCCUAAAGUGAAGGGGGGUGUGGAUGUCUCUGCUCCCAAACUGGAAGGUGAUUUGAAAGGCCCAGAUGUGGACAUCAAAGGCCCCAAAGUGGACAUAGGGGUCCCAGACGUGGACAUUGAAGGCCCAGAGGGGAAACUGAAAGGCCCCAAAUUCAAGAUGCCCGAGAUGCAUUUCAAAGCCCCCAAAAUCUCGAUGCCUGACUUUGACCUGAACCUGAAAGGGCCUAAGCUGAAGGGAGACAUGGAUGUUUCUGUGCCCAAAAUGGGGGGAGACCUGAAGGGGCCGGAGGUGGAUAUCAAGGGCCCCAAACUGGACAUUGAUGUCCCUGAUGUGGACUUGGAAGGCCCAGAGGGAAAGCUGAGGGGCCCCAAAUUCAAGAUGCCUGAGAUGCAUUUCAAGGCCCCCAAAAUCUCCAUGCCCGAUGUUGACUUGAAUUUGAGAGGUCCAAAACUGAAGGGGGAUGUGGAUGUUUCUGCUCCAAAGCUGGAGGGUGACUUGAAGGGUCCUGAGAUUGACAUCAAGGGCCCCAAAGUUGACAUUGAUGCUCCAGAUUUGGAAAUUCAUGGUCCAGAAAGUAAAUUCAAGAUGCCCAAGUUUAAGAUGCCCAAAUUUGGGAUGCCUGGGUUCAAAGGGGAGGGGCCAGAUGUGGAUGUAAGCCUCCCAAAAGCUGACAUUGAUAUUUCUGGUCCCAAAGUAGACAUUGAGGGUCCCGAUUUGGAUAUUGAAGGCCCUGAGGGAAAGCUCCGAGGUCCCAAAUUUAAGAUGCCUGACAUGCACAUGAAGACCCCCAAAAUCUCCAUGCCUGACAUUGAUUUAAAUUUGAAAGGUCCAAAACUGAAGGGAGAUGUGGAUGUUUCUGUUCCAAAGCUGGGGGGUGAUUUGAAGGGGCCUGAUAUUGAUAUUAAAGGCCCCAAAAUUGACAUUGAUGCUCCUGAUGUGGAUAUUCAUGGCCCAGAGGGGAAAUUCAAAAUGCCCAAAUUCAAAAUGCCCAAAUUUGGGAUGCCUGGGCUGAAAGGGGAGGGGCCAGACUUGGAUGUAAGCCUCCCAAAAGGGGAUAUUGAUAUUUCCGGUCCCAAAGUAGACAUUGAGGGUCCUGAUUUGGAUAUUGAAGGCCCUGAGGGAAAGCUCCGAGGUCCCAAAUUUAAGAUGCCUGAAAUGCAUAUCAAGACACCAAAGAUCUCCAUGCCUGAUGUUGAUUUGAAUUUGAAAGGUCCAAAACUGAAGGGGGAUGUGGAAGUGUCUGUUCCAAAGCUGGAGGGUGACUUGAAGGGUCCUGAGAUUGACAUCAAGGGCCCCAAAGUUGACAUUGAUGCUCCAGAUUUGGAAAUUCAUGGUCCAGAAAGUAAAUUCAAGAUGCCCAAGUUUAAGAUGCCCAAGUUUGGGAUGCCUGGGCUCAAAGCAGAGGGGCUGGAUGUGGAUGUAAGCCUCCCGAAAGCUGACAUUGAUAUUUCUGGUCCCAAAGUAGACAUUGAGGGUCCCGAUUUGGAUAUUGAAGGCCCGGAGGGAAAGCUCCGAGGUCCCAAAUUUAAGAUGCCUGAAAUGCAUAUCAAGGCCCCCAAAAUCUCCAUGCCUGACAUUGAUUUGAAUUUGAAGGGCCCUAAACUGAAGGGAGAUGUUGAUGUCUCAGCUCCAAAGAUAGAGGGUGACUUGAAGGGGCCUGAUUUUGACAUCAAAGGCCCCAAAGUGGACAUUGAUGCCCCAGACGUGGAUAUUCAUGGUCCAGAGGGGAGAUUCAAGAUGCCCAAGUUUAAGAUGCCCAAAUUUGGGAUGCCUGGGUUCAAAGGGGAGGGGCCAGAUGUGGAUGUAAGCCUCCCGAAAGCUGACAUUGAUAUUUCUGGUCCCAAAGUAGACAUUGAGGGUCCUGAUUUGGAUAUUGAAGGCCCGGAGGGAAAGCUCCGAGGUCCCAAAUUUAAGAUGCCUGAAAUGCAUAUCAAGACACCAAAGAUCUCCAUGCCUGAUGUUGAUUUGAAUUUGAAAGGCCCUAAACUGAAGGGAGAUGUGGAUGUUUCACUUCCCAAAAUGGAGGGAGAUUUGAAAGGGCCUGAUAUUGACAUCAAGGGCCCCAAAGUUGACAUUGAUACUCCGGAUGUGGAUAUUCAUGGCCCUGAGGGGAAAUUCAAAAUGCCUAAGUUUAAGAUGCCAAAGUUUGGGAUGCCUGGGUUCAAAGGGGAAGGACCAGACAUUGAUGUAAACCUUCCAGCAGCAGAAGUGGAUAUUUCUGGGCCUAAGGUAGAUAUUGAUGCUCCUGAAUUGGACCUUGAAGGUCCAGAAGGCAAGCUCAGAGGUCCCAAAUUCAAGAUGCCCGAGAUGCAUUUCAAAGCCCCUAAAAUCUCAAUGCCUGACUUUGACCUGAACCUGAAAGGGCCUAAAGUGAAGGGAGACAUGGAUGUUUCUUUGCCCAAAGUGGAGGGAGAUCUGAAAGGGCCGGAGGUGGAUAUCAAAGGCCCCAAACUGGACAUUGAUGUCCCUGAUGUGGACCUGGAAGGCCCAGAGGGAAAGCUGAAGGGUCCCAAAUUCAAGAUGCCAGAAAUGCACAUCAAGGCCCCUAAAAUUUCCAUGCCCGAUGUCGAUUUCAAUCUGAAAGGCCCAAAACUAAAAGGAGAUCUGGAUGUGUCUGUUCCAAAGAUACAGGGUGACCUGAAGGGGCCUGAGAUUGAUUUAGAAGGACCCAAACUGGACAUCGAUGCCCCAGACAUGGAUAUACAGGGCCCAGAAGGGAAAUUUAAAAUGCCCAAAUUCAAAAUGCCCAAAUUUGGGAUGCCUGGGUUCAAAGGAGAAGGGCCAGACAUGGACAUAAACCUCCCGAAAGGGGAGGUUGACAUUUCAGGCCCCAAAGUAGACAUUGAAGGUCCUGAUUUGGAAAUUGAAGGCCCUGAAGGAAAGCUCAAAGGUCCCAAGUUCAAGAUGCCUGAGAUGCACAUCAAGGCCCAAAAGAUCUCCAUGCCUGAUGUUGAUUUGAAUUUGAAGGGGCCGAAGUUGAAGGGAGACAUGGAUGUUUCUGUUCCAAAAAUAGAGGGUGAGCUGAAGGGUCCAGAGUUUGACAUCAAAGGCCCCAGAAUUGAUAUUGAUACUCCCGAUGUGGAUCUUCACGGCCCUGAAGGUAAACUCAAAAUGCCCAAAUUCAAAAUGCCCAAAUUUGGGAUGCCUGGGUUCAAAGGAGAAGGAGAUGUGGAUGUAAGCCUCCCGAAAGGGGAGAUUGACAUUUCAGGUCCCAAGGUGGACCUUGAAGGUCCUCAUUUGGACAUUGAAGGGCCAGAAGGGAAGUUGAAGGGUCCCAAAUUGAAGAAACCUGAAAUGCAUUUUAAUGUGCCUAAAAUCUCCAUGCCUGAUAUUGACUUGAAUUUGAAAGGACCCAAAAUGAAGGGUGAUGUUGAUGUUUCUCUUCCUAAAUUGGAAGGUGAUUUGAAAGGUCCUAACAUUGAAGUCAAAGGACCAGAGAUCGAUCUCGAGACACCAAAACUUGAAAUAGAAGGAAAACCUAAAAAGUCAAGAUUUAAGCUUCCUAAAUUCAGUUUCUCUGGCCCUAAAGUUCAAACUCCUGACGUGGAUGUGAAGGUAAAGAAACCGGAUAUUGAUGUGUCCGGUCCAAAGGUGGACAUUAGUGCUCCUGAUGUUGACGUUCACGCAAAAUCCAAAGGAUCUAAAUUCAAAAUGCCUUUUCUGAGUAUUUCAUCCCCUAAAAUGUCCAUGCCAGAUGUGGAAUUAAAUCUGAAGGGGCCUAAACUGAAAGGAGACUUGGAUGUUUCUAGCCCGAAGCUGGAAGGGGAACUGAAGUGUCCUGAAGUUGAUAUCAAAGGUCCCAAACUGGACAUUGAUGCACCAGAUGUUGAUAUUCAUGGGCCUGAAGGAAAACUCAAAAUGCCCAAAUUAAAAAUGCCCAAAUUUGGCAUGUCUGGCUUCAAAGGGGAGGCAGAUGUGGAUGUGAAACUUCCCAAGGCGGAUGUCGACAUUUCAGGUCCUAAGGUAGACAUUGAAGCCCCCGACUUGAACAUUGAAGGGCCAGAGGGAAAACUGAAAGGGCCCAAAUUCAAGAUGCCUGACAUGCACAUUGGUGUUCCUAAAAUCUCCAUGCCAGAUAUUGACUUGAAUUUGAAAGGUCCUAAGUUGAAGGGAGAUGUGGAUGUGUCUGCUCCUAAGAUAGAAGGUGGUUUGAAGGGGCCAGAAGUGGAUAUCAAAGGCCCAAAGCUGGACAUAGAUGCCCCUGAUUUGAAUAUUGAAGGACCAGAGGGAAAACUGAAAGGCCCAAAAUUUAAGAUGCCAGAGAUGAAUAUCAAGGCACCAAAAAUCUCCAUGCCUGACUUCGAUCUCAAUUUGAAAGGUCCCAAGCUGAAAGGGGAUGUGGAUCUGGACUUGUCUGUUCCAAAGGUAGAAGGUGACUUGAAAGGACCAGAGUUUGAUAUUAAGGGCCCCAAAGUGGACAUAGAAGCUCCAGGACUUGAUAUCGAAGGUCCUGAGGGAAAAUGGAAAAGUCCAAAAUUUAAGAUGCCUGAAAUGAACAUCAAGGCCCCCAAAAUCUCCAUGCCUGACUUUGACUUAAAUCUGAAGGGCCCUAAACUGAAGGGAGACAUGGAUGUUUCUGCUCCUAAGUUGGAAGGGGAUUUAAAAGGUCCUGAAAUUGAUAUCAAAGGCCCCAAAUUGGACAUCGAUGCCCCAGACAUUGACAUUCAUGGCCCUGGAGGAAAACUGAAAAUGCCCAAAAUGAAGAUGCCUAAAUUCGGCGUGCCUGGGUUCAAAGGGGAAGGCCCCGAUGUGGACGUCACUCUUCCGAAGGGAGAGUUUGAGAUCUCGGGCCCUAAGGUAGAUAUUGAUGCCCCAGAUUUGAGUCUUGAAGGACCAGAAGGGAAGCUGAAAGGCCCCAAAUUCAAGAUGCCUGAAAUGCAUAUCAAAGCUCCCAAAAUCUCUAUGCCUGACUUGGAUUUGAAUUUGAAAGGUCCUAAACUCAAGGGUGACUUGGACGUUUCAGCUCCUAAGAUACAAGGGGAUUUGAAAGGCCCAGAUGUGGACAUCAAAGGCCCCAAAGUGGACAUAGAGUGCCCUGAUGUUGACAUUGAGGGUCCGGAAGGAAAACUGAAAGGCCCCAAAUUCAAGAUGCCCGAGAUGCACUUCAAAGCCCCCAAAAUCUCGAUGCCUGACUUUGACCUGAACCUGAAAGGGCCUAAAGUGAAGGGGGACGUGGAUGUUUCUGUGCCCAAAAUGGAGGGAGACCUGAAGGGGCCGGAGGUGGAUAUCAAGGGCCCCAAACUGGACAUUGAUGUCCCUGAUGUGGACUUGGAAGGCCCAGAGGGAAAGCUGAGGGGCCCCAAAUUCAAGAUGCCUGAGAUGCAUUUCAAGGCCCCCAAAAUCUCCAUGCCCGAUGUUGAUUUGAAUUUGAGAGGUCCAAAACUGAAGGGAGAUGUUGAUGUCUCAGCUCCAAAGAUAGAGGGCGACUUGAAGGGGCCUGAUUUUGACAUCAGAGGCCCCAAAGUGGACAUUGAUGCCCCAGACGUGGAUAUUCAUGGUCCAGAGGGGAGAUUCAAGAUGCCCAAGUUUAAGAUGCCCAAAUUUGGGAUGCCUGGGUUCAAAGGGGAAGGUCCAGAUGUGGAUGUAAGCCUCCCGAAAGCUGACAUUGAUAUUUCUGGUCCCAAAGUAGACAUUGAGGGUCCUGAGUUGGAUAUUGAAGGGCCAGAAGGGAAACUGAAAGGUCCCAAAUUUAAGAUGCCCGAGAUGCACAUUAAGGCUCCCAAAAUCUCCAUGCCUGAUGUUGAUUUGAAUUUGAAAGGCCCUAAACUGAAGGGAGAUGUGGAUGUUUCACUUCCCAAAUUGGAGGGAGAUUUGAAAGGGCCUGAUGUGGAUAUCAGUGUUCCUGACAUGGACAUUGAGGGUCCAGAUGGAAAACUGAAGGGUCCCAAAUUUAAGAUGCCUGACAUUAAUAUGCCUAAAAUCUCUAUGCCUGAUUUUGACUUGAAUUUGAAAGGCCCUAAAUUGAAAGGGGAUGUUGACAUUUCUGUUCCAAAGGUUGAAGGGGAUUUGAAAGGCCCCGACAUUGACUUUAAAGGCCCCAAAUUGGACAUUGAUGCUCCCAGCAUUGACAUAGAAGGGCCAGAAGGGAAACUGAAAGGUCCCAAAUUUAAGAUGCCUGAAAUGCAUGUCAAGGCCCCCAAAAUGUCGAUGCCUGACAUCGACUUCAAUCUGAAGGGCCCUAAACUGAAGGGAGACAUGGAUGUUUCUGCUCCUAAGUUGGAAGGGGAUUUGAAAGGGCCUGAAAUUGAUAUCAAAGGCCCCACAUUGGACAUCGAUGCCCCAGACAUUGACAUUCAUGGCCCUGCAGGAAAACUGAAAAUGCCCAAAAUGAAGAUGCCUAAAUUCGGCGUGCCUGGGUUCAAAGGGGAAGGCCCAGAUGUGGACGUCAGUCUUCCGAAGGGAGAGUUUGAGAUCUCAGGUCCUAAGGUAGACAUCAAUGCCCCAGAUUUGAGUCUUGAAGGGCCAGAAGGCAAGCUGAAAGGCCCCAAAUUCAAGAAGCCUGAGAUGCAUGUCAGUGUUCCCAAGAUCUCCAUGCCAGAAAUUGACUUGAAUUUAAAAGGCCAUAAAAUGAAAGGAGAAUUUGAUGCGUCUGUUCCAAAGAUCGAAGGGAAUUUGAAAGGUCCUGAUGUUGAUAUUAGAGGCCCAGAGUUUGGUCUGAAGGGUCCUGAUCUCGACAUUGAAUGUCCAGAUGUGAAUCUUGAGGGUCCAGAGGCAAAUGUCAAACUUCCCAAGUUUAAGAAACCAAAAUUUGGGUUUGGAUUAAGGAGUCCUAAAGCAGAAGUGAAACCUCCAGCGGUAGAGAUUGACCUCCCAGAAGGUGAUCUGAAUGUGGAGUCUCCCGACAUUAGCAUUUCGGCAAAAGGAAAGAAAAGCAAAUUCAAAAUGCCUAAGCUUCAUAUGAGCGGCCCGAAGGUGAAAGGAAAGAAGGGUGGGUUUGAUGUGAGCGUUCCCGGCGGUGAGCUCGACUUGAAAUCUCCUGACGUCGACGUGAAUGUCACUAGUCCAGAUGUAGCCAUCAAAGGCGAUGUGAAUGUCAAAGCUCCUAAAGGGAAGAAACCUGUGUUUGGAAAAUUUCCCUUUCCAGACGUCGAGUUUGACAUCCGGUCAUCCAAGUUCAAAGGCGACGUUUCUGCAACGGUCCCCAAAAUAGAAGGGGAGCUUAAAACCCCAGGUUUGGAUGUGGCAGCCCCCAGCCUCAGUGGAAAGCUCCCUGAUGUUAGCCUGGAUGUCUCAGCACCAGGCAUCGAAGGAAGCAUGAACCUUCCUUCGGCUGACUUCAGUGCUGAAGGGGUCAAUGCAAAGCUGAAGGGACCCAAGGUGACCAUGCCAUCGGGAAACCUUUCGAUGCCCCAAGUCUCUGGACCUGGUUUUGAUGUAAACUUGAAAGGACCAAAAAUCAAGGGAGACCUGGAUAUGUCAGGUGGCAUCAGCGGCCCAACCGUGGGCGUGGAUGCCCCAGACGUUGACAUUGGAGGGAAGCUUAAAAUGCCAAAGUUGAAAUCUCCUGCUUUGGAGGGACCUCAUGUUGACCUGGGCAUGAAAGGAGAUAUUGGAUUUUCAGGUCCGCACAUCAGAGGGGGCAUGAAAGCCCCAGACAUGGAUAUUAAUCUCAGUGCCCCAGACCUUGAUAUCAAAGGGCCUACAGUGAAAAUGCCUUCUGUUGAUAUUUCUGCACCAGACUUGGAUGUAAAUUUGAAAGGACCAAAGUUGAAAGGUGAUUUUACUGCAUCCGGAGACAUCAAGUCCCCCCAGGUGUCUGUAGACACCCCAGAUGUCAACAUAGGAGGUCCAGGAGCUACAAUUAAACUUCCUUCCCUUAAACUCCCCCAAUUCGGCAUCUCCAGCCCUCACGUUGAGGGGUCAGACCUGGGCAUGCAUAUUGAAGGACCACAAAUAAAAGGAGACAUGAAAGGCUCAGGGAUUGGCAUGGGGUUGGAGGGGCCAGCAGCAGAAUUGAAGGGGCCUACAUUCAAAAUGCAGCCCUUAAACGGCUCUGGACCUGACCUUGACUUUGACUUGAAAGGACCAAAGCUGAAGGGCGACAUUGGGGUCACUGGAGGUAUUAGUGGCCCCAAAUUUGGAGUGCAGGCACCAGAGGUCAGCCUGAAGGGUGCAGAGGGGAGUAUGGGAGGUCUGAGAAUGAACCUGCCCACACGUGAGAUUUCGGGUUCCUACGAUGGGAAAGUUUCCGGAGUGGGGCUUCAUGCCGAUGCCCCCGAUGUCCAUGUGAAAGGUCCCGCGUUCGACAUGUCCAUGCCAAAAGUGUCUGGGCCAGACUUUGAUGUCAAUUUGAAAGGGCCUAGAAUCAAAGGAGGGGUUGGUAUUUCUGGACCAAAGGUGGAAGGUGAGCUGAGAGGUCCCACGGUAGGCAUCAGAGGCCCCAGCGCAGAGGUGAGCGUCCCCCAGGGCCACGUAGGGAGCGCAUUAGGGAAAGUGUCAUUCCCCAAGAUGAGAAUGCCCAAAUUUGCAUUUUCAGAGCCUGAGCUGGCGGGGCGGGAAGUGGGGGUGGAUGUCGAGUUCCCUCAGGCGGAUCCCAGCCUUCACGUGGGUGCUGUAGACGUGGAGUUUGACGACCCAGACAUUAAACUGAAGAAAUCCAAAAUUAAGAUGCCCAAAUUCAAUUUUUCCAAGCCAAAGGGCAAAGGUGUCAGCGUGGCCUCCCCGGAGGCCUCGGUGUCCGUCUCAGGGCCGAAGGGCGAACUGAAAUCCUCCAAGGCGAGUCUGGGCUCGAUGGAGGUGGAGCUGGAAGGAGGGGACGUGGCGGCCACUUCCCCCAAAGGGAAGUUCUCGUUAUUUAAAAGCAAGAAGCCGCGCCACCGGUCGUCCUCGUUCAGCGACGAACAUUCCUCCCAUUCCACCCCCACGGGCACGUUGGAGCUAGAGGCCAGCGCGGGGGUCGAGAAGGGGAAGCAGGGCAAGCUGAAAUUCGGGACAUUCGGCGGCAUCGGGUCGAAAACCAAAGGGUCUUACGAGGUCACAGGAAGUGACGACGAGGCAGGGAAGGGGCAGGCGGGCGGCAAGGCCCGGCUCUCGUCCUCCUCGAGCAACGACAGCGGGACGAAGGUGGGGAUACGGCUGCCUUCGAUAGAGCUGACGGUGGCGAAGAAGAAGGAGUGACAUGUCUGUGUACAUAGGCCUGUAUAUAUCCUCUGUGUGUUUGUAUAUAAACCCCAUCGCUUGGGAUACUUUCGAGCUCAGCAAUAACGGGAGCGAUGCCUGGGUGGGAGGCUGGAUUGCACGUAGUGGAAGGGGCUGCAGCAGGAGUGGGGGGCGGACGCACAGCUCUGCCCCCCACGCAUUGGAGAGCUUCCUUGUGCUCGAGACUUCAGCGUGCGCCUUCAAUGCUGAGAGCUUCAGUUUACUAGCAAGCUAUAUUUUGAUAUCGUUUUCCUUUUACUGAAUAUUUUCAGUGUUGGCUUAUGGAAAGAACGUUUCCAUUUUAAUUACCUUCUGGCUGAAAUUUCUAUCAUGAGAAAAGGAUCUAGGAAAAACACUGUAAAAUAUAUAGACACGACGGAGAGGUGUCAGUGUCGCAGCUGAUUUGGGGGUCCGAAGCAAAAAGGUUCCUUCUCACCGUGGCACUGGCGGCGGGCGGGACGUCUAAUCAAGCUGGUAGCCAUAUCCACAGAUUAAUUGGAGAAUACUGAGCUGGGGGUUGCUUAUACCUGGUGUUGAAAGUAGAACUUACUGGUGGAAAGUAGAACUGACCUCUGGAAAACUAACCGCGUGUACGUUGGGGCUGGGUUUCUUGACACCCUCUUAGUCGUCUCUGUAUGUUUGUCGCGUUAUUUUUUUGUACUAUAAGAGAGGACUUUUCUUCGCUGUGGGGCAAGCCAUCUGCAGUGGCCACUUUCCUGAGGCUUGUUAUCAUUUCUCUUAACAAAUGUAUCCUAACGGAGGAAAACAAAACACAACAACCCCCCCUCUUUCAGCACUUUAAUGGCAAAUUAACGGAGAAUGUAAGAAGAUUGAUCUUGUAAAAUGCAAAUAAACUGUUUAUUAACCUCA